CCCCAAGAGGAGGAGCGUGAAGCGCGUAGUAGGCGUCAGAAUCUUCAAUUUCCAACUUAGCAUCCUAGCAGGAGCAGAGCAACCAUCCGAAGGCAAAAAACUUCUUCAGUGCCUGAUAGAGAGCAACAGAGGGGAAAGCGAGUGAAAUCCAAAAGAACGGCGAGAGCAAGGCGACCAGCUGUAGCUGGUAACCAAAGUUACCGCCAGAAACAUUUUCAUUUAUGACAUUGUUUUUAUUUUGAUUGUCUUUACAGUAAGCACAUAAGGGAAACAGACAUUCGUCUGCCGACGCGAGUCUCUAUGAUUCAUAUCAGAAGGUCCGUGAAUAUAUAAAGGAAAGUGCACAAGUGAGUGGCUUGUUCUCGGUUUCAGCCAUGGCGUAUCCUCAGGGCUACUUGUAUCAGCCGUCAGCUUCCUUGGCACUGUAUUCUUGUCCGGCGUACAGUACGAGUGUGAUUUCGGGACCUAGGACCGAGGAACUCGGAAGAUCUUCUUCGGGGUCUGCGUUUGCUCCUUAUGCCGGAUCUACAGCAUUCACCAGUCCCUCACCUGGCUACAACUCUCAUCUCCAAUACGGUGCAGACUCGGCAGCAGCUGCAACAUUCACUUCUUACGUGGGAGCGCCAUAUGAUCACGCGACAGGCAUGGCCGGUUCUAUAGGAUAUCACCCCUACGCGGCUCCCCUGGGUUCAUAUCCCUAUGGGGACCCUACAUACAGAAAAAACGCAACCAGGGACGCCACUGCCACUCUCAAGGCCUGGCUUAAUGAGCACAGGAAAAAUCCGUACCCCACAAAGGGUGAGAAAAUCAUGCUGGCCAUAAUAACCAAAAUGACCCUCACUCAAGUGUCCACCUGGUUCGCCAACGCGAGGAGAAGGCUUAAGAAGGAGAACAAGAUGACCUGGACCCCAAGGAACAGAAGCGAGGAUGAGGAGGAGGAUGAAAAUAUUGAUCUAGAGAAAAAUGACGAAGACGAGACGCACAAGCCUGCAGACAAGGGGGACUCAACAGACACCGAGUCAGCAGAACAUAAACUGAACGCGGAGGAUAUUACCUGCGACAGAUUUAAAGAAGAGAAUCUCGUCAAAGACAUAGACCCCCUUUUGACGGACUCGGAUUUAAAAGAGCAAGAGGACCGGACAGAUUUAUUACCCGAAUCUCCCAAACCUACCACCUCUUCUCCUGAAAACUUGCCUCGAGGAUCUGAGCUUAUUGCGCAGAAGUCUACAGAAAUGGUUCACGCGUCGAACACGAUGAACGGCAUCAACUGCGGCAGCAACGUGACGUCUGUAAUUCAUUCACCCCCCUCUGCUCCCAAACCCAAACUCUGGUCUCUCGCUGAGAUUGCAACGUCUUCUGACAGGUGCAAAGGAAGCAGCGAUGUGCCGCAGGCCCCAGGAACGGGUCAAAGUACCAUAAUCACGGCCAACGCAUCGUCACCACCUCGUUCACCUACACAAUGCCCUUUUCCAAACAGCACAGUUCUUUCCAGGCCUAUUUACUACACAUCCCAUUUUUACCCAGGUUACACGAACUAUGGCACGUUCGGACAUCUUCACAGCAACCACGGAUCCAACACGGGCUCCGCCGCACACUUCAAUGGAUUAAACCAGACUGUAUUAAAUAGAGCAGAGGCUCUUGUAAGAGAAAGCAAAUUGAGAAGUCAAACAGUAGAUCAUUGUAAAGACUCCUCUUAUGAACUAAAGAAAGGGUUGGACAAAAUAACAGAAACACUACAUGGAAAAGGACUUUAGCAUUGAAGUCACUAAAUCACAAUUAUAAAGACAGCUACACAGGUUCACGGGAGGUGCUGGAGCCUAUCCCAGCAUGCAUCGGAUGAGAGGCGGGAAUACACCCUGGACAGUUCACCAGUCCAUCGCAGGGCACACACACUAUUGGUCUGACAAGCAUAACUAUAGUAUUUAAUUUGGCAAGGCUCACAGUGUUGAAAAUAAUGGCCAUAAGCCAAACACAAACAAACUGCAUCCGCAGAGAGCAGUGAUCCCAAGUAUCACGGAUACGGACAGACAGACACAUAACAGGAUAGUUGCUAAAUACUAAACUACUGCCUCUAAAAUGACCACAAAAUUGAACUUUUGUGGCCCAGCCUCACCAAAAACAAAAAAAAGAGUUUUACCAAGCUUUAUAAAGCUGGUAAUCAUGGUGGGGGCCAUGAAUGCCAGUAUGCUCUGCUAACGAAGUCACAUAACCAGGUGUA